CUUUUUCUUCCAUCAAAGAACCGGGGGAAUAAAGGCGGACAAGAGAAGGCACCAGCGGAAUUUUCCUUUUUCCUCCCCGAAGCGCAGCUCCACGGGCGGCUUCGCGAUGGCCGCCGCCGACUACGACCGCGCGUACCGCCCCUACGCGCCCUCCUCCGCCGCCGACUACGACCGCCCCUACCGCAACGAGAUCGUGCCCUACGGCGACCGCCGCAUCGACCUCGUCGUCAAGCCGCCGCCGCCCACCAGGUCCCCGCCGCCGCCGUUGCCCGUCACCAAGAGCGGAGGCGGAGGCGGGAUAGGCUCCGCCUGGUGCUUCAGCGACCCGGAGGUGAAGAGGCGGCGUCGGGUGGCGAGCUACAAGGCGUACUCGGUGGAGGGAAAAGUCAAGGCCUCCUUCCGCCGGGGCUUCCGCUGGAUCAAGGACAAGUGCACGGGCUUCAUCCAUGGCUGAAUCCGUGGUCUUGGGUGAGUUCUAUUGGGGGAUCGAAGAAGACGCUGCAACAAUGUGCGAGUAACGGAUGCUGUUGCCUUUGCUAAUUUGCUCCCAAAACAUGGAAGGAUUUUGUCCAUGAGGUUGUGAGGGUAACUUUUGGGUCAGGUUUAUAGAAAACAAAAAUUGAAGAGCUUCCUCAUGAUAUUGCUUUGAUUGCAGAUGCUGUUCUUACUGUCUGCUAAUUAGCUAGUUAUUUCAAGAAUGUCUCAACAGGAGUUGAAUCUUUGGAAAGGAACUGGUUAAUUUUCAUGAUAUCGCUAUGUCUCUCCUUAAGCCACGCCAUUCUGCAUAUGUAUCUUGAUGUUUUGAGAUAUUAUUAGGUUCUUUUAUACCACUUCCAACAGUGUGACGGAGGCAUCGUUAACUGAAUCAUGAGAGGAAAAUGGGUCAUCCCCAAAUUGGCGUAUCAGGAACCUGUUCCGUCAAUUUGCUGUGCCGUUGCCGCCAAUUUGCUAAGACAAGACUUUUGUUGUCCUACUUAUGAAAAAGCCAUCCAGUGCUCUCAAUUGAUAAUUUCCUCUUAAGUUAGCAAAAAAGAGUCGUUUUCCUCCAUGAGCGUAACCUAACCUGUGUAAUUAAGUUAAGUGACAAAUUUGAGAGCAUGCAACUUCACCAUUUGGGUGGAUGAAGUGUGCACGUGAAAGAUUCCUGCUGCUGCUGCAUCAGGCAAUGGUCGAUGCGACUAAGCUCACACUCACAUGAGUUGGUGCGAAGAAAGAGACGAUGCGCCUGGGCUAGGCGUCAACCGUGAAGCCGCGUUGCGUAGCAUCUAGAAUGAGUUGUCCCCUCGCCUGGAGCUGGUGGCAAAGAUGCCUUUCUCGGGUCGCGCCUGCUGUUAAUUACCUGAUGGAGAUUGAUCGAGCUGUGCAGUUUUGCCACCCUGACGGGUACCGCAAGUUCGCAAAAGCCCGAUGCAUGUGACACCUCCUAGCAGAACGACAAUUCGUACAUAGGCAUUUAAUUUUCAGCACAAUACAAAUGGGACGCAAAUAGCUCAAUGAUUUUUCCGGAUUUUGGUUUGAUGGGGUCCCCUUCAAAAGGAGACACCCUUCAAAAAUUAGUGUAUGCUGCUUAUUGUGGCGUGCACACGGUAUUCUUUAGUAAAAGGCGAAAGAAUAGUUCGCUUUGUGCUCACCACGCAGCUGCGUGCUUAGUUCACUGAACCCUGGCUCUCUUAUAUAGCCAGCUACCCGUUCGUUCUCGCUCCCGCUGGCGAGGUGGUACUAUUGUCCCGGGUCUCAGUUCUCAGACAACAUACCGGCAGCACCACAAACCACAACGGUUCAGCCCAGGGCUACUACCACUGUCACGGGCCGCUUUACAGACUUGAGUUUAGGCCCAUCCAUUACGCCUCCCUUUUGACCUUUCCCCUCGCACCUCUCGCCUCCUCCAGAACUAAAAAAAAGGGUAACAGACAUACCCGAGUGACUGACUGGGAGGGAAAGCAGACGAGCGGAGUCUGCGUCCACGCGGCGACCAAGGGAGGUCGACGGCGGCCUGAGGCCCGCGCGUGGCUCCUCCAUUGGCCCCCGUCAAGGUAACAGCCAUGAAGGUCAAAAUUCUUCAGUGGCAUGCGGUGGCUUCUUGGACAUGGGACGCACAGGAUGAGACAUGUGGCAUAUGCAGGAUGGCUUUUGACGGCUGCUGCCCUGAUUGUAAGUUCCCUGGUGAUGAUUGCCCAAUCAUUUGGGGUGCCUGCAACCAUGCUUUCCAUCUUCACUGCAUACUCAAGUGGGUCAAUUCUCAAACAUCAACCCCCCUUUGCCCCAUGUGUCGUAGGGAGUGGCAAUUCAAGGGCUAAGGACAUCUCAAACUAUGUCAGUACCAGGAGUUUUCAUAUCUCCUCGUAGGAAACUAGAAUGAAUGUGUAACUGGAAUGUAGUUGGGUUAUCUUGUAAGUGCCCUUUCAUACUUUCUGGAAAUCAGGAUGGUCGGUAUCUUUCAAGUAAAGCUGUGAGACCUUUGAGCCACAGCUAUUGUGUCUUUGCAAGUUGUGACCAUACAAAUCCAAUGAUUGACUUUGAAAA